UUUUCUUUUUUAGCAGCAGGAUUAUAAUUUUAAUAAAAUGGGAGAGGGAAACCAAAAGGCGCAUCGAGUUUCACGUAAGGACCAGAGUGGGUCCCACCGGAGUCAAGGAGGAGCCGUUGAUGAAGCGCCGCCGAAAUGCUCCGGGAAAAGGUGCCGGUCGUGGGCGGCGGCGGCGAUCGCCGACUGUGUGGCGCUCUGCUGUUGCCCUUGCGCCGUCUUGAACUUGCUCACUCUUGCCUUGGUCAAGGUCCCGUGGAUGAUAGGCCGGAAAUGUAUCGGCCGUAGUAAGAAGCGGAGGAAAAAGAUCAGCCGCGAGGAUCGGUUUGAUCACAACCGGAGGUCGGAGACGUUGAAAGGCGUGAGCGGUGGAUGUUGCGGCGGAGGAGAUGGAGAGUUCGAUGACCACCGGUUUGUGGUGGAGAGAGACGGGAGUUUGACAAAGGAGGCGGAGGAGGAGGAGGAGGAGGAGAAAACGGCGUCGUUUAGGGGAGAAGAUGAGACGAGAAUCAGUGCGAGAGUUGAAGCUGAGAGAGUUUGGUUGGAAUUGUAUCAGAUUGGGCAUCUUGGCUUUGGUAGAGUUUCCUUCACUGGAAUUCAUCUUCAGUAACCCAAAUAAAAAACAUUAAUAAUUUAGGCGUAUGAUUUCGAUUUUUUUUUUUU